UUUUUUUUCUUAUUAUUAUUAUUUUUUAAUUUUGACUCAUCUCAACCAAAAUUCUAGCUCUGCCAUUGUGCCAAAGUGAUUAGGUAACCACUAGAGUAUGGGUUCAAAUCCCGCAAUGGAAAUCUCUAUGCCUGAUUAGUCUAAACCACCUUGAUUCUCAUUGACGCCGUGGUGAGACUGGAUCAAACUAUGAUUUAGACAAACUUCAGGGAGUGCCUAAGACUCCCUCGAUUUCAGCCCCCUUAGACCAAUAUUUUAAUCCCUACUUAGUUAGACAGCGAUGAAACGCGCAAAAACAUUUCUUAGGUAUAUAUGUUUUUCUAAUUUUAAGCCAUUCUCAAAUUAAGAUAUUAUGGUUAUAGAAUAUUGAGGAUGUCAAAAUGAUCUUAAUUCUGUUUUUGUUAUUUUUGGCCUCCUCGGAUAAGAAUUCAUGGUUUUGUCAAGGUCGUUGAGGAUGUUAUCUUUUCCUAUAUAUGUAUAUACUUUCUUCCUCACAAAUCAUUAGCCAAACAACCCUAUUCGAUCAUUUUGUAAACAAUGGCUUUAGUAGUACUCGGGAAGACAUUUAUAAUUGUCGUGUUGACAAUUUUGGGGAGCUGGACAUCUCAAGCCACGUCCCGAGCAUUGCAAGAAGCUUCCAUGGCUGAGAAAUACUCGCAAUGGCAGGCUCAAUAUAAUCGCAAUUAUGUAGACGAUACAGAGAAGGAAAGCCGCUUCGAGAUAUUCAAACAAAAUGCAGAAUUUAUAGAGAAAACCAACAGUGAAGGGAAUCGCACGUACAAGUUAAGUCUCAACGAAUUUGCAGACUUAUCACCUGAAGAAUUCAUUGCCUCUCGUAGUGGAUUCAAGAUGACCAAUCUAUCAAGGUCCACCGGAACCACAUCGUUUACGCAUGAAAGCCUCACUGAUGUUAUUCCAACGACUGUGGAUUGGAGAGACCAGGGAGCUGUUACUGCGGUUAAGAACCAAGGACAAUGCGGAUGUUGUUGGGCAUUUUCAGCCGUGGCAGCGGUAGAGGGGAUCACCCAGAUCCAAACUGGCAAUUUGAUCUCCCUGUCUGAGCAGCAACUGAUGGACUGUUCAACCGUUUACAAUAAAGGCUGCGAUGGCGGUCUCAUGAAUUAUGCCUUUGACUAUAUAAUAAAAAACAAUGGAAUCACCCUUGAAACAAAUUACCCAUACGUGGCUACGCAAGGAAUUUGUGACGCCGGGAAAACAUCUCAAAGUGCAGCUGUGAUUACUGGUUUUACUGAUAUACCUGGCAUCAAUGAGAAGGAAUUAUUGCAGCACGUGGCCCGCCAACCAAUUUCAAUAGGCAUUGAUGGUGGCGACAGAGCCUUUAGUUUCUAUUCUAGCGGAGUAUUCAAUGGAGAAUGUGGGACGGUCAUAAACCAUGCUGUUACUGCAGUUGGGUUUGGAACCACCCCUGAUGGCAUCGAUUAUUGGUUACUGAAGAACUCAUGGGGCGAGAACUGGGGUGAAGGUGGGUACAUGAGGAUACAGAGAGACCUCGGGCUCUGUGGGUUUGCCACACUAGCUUCCUAUCCAACUGCUUAGGUUGCCGAUGUAUUAAUAUAAGUCAUCUAUAUAUGCAGGCCUAUAUUGCAUGCUACUUCUAUUUCAAAUUGAUGUUUUUGGGUCGGCUGAGACUCUCUAGUACUUCAUAUUGAUGUCCAUUUUGUUGUGGAGGGCUUUGGCUUAGUCUCCCUUCAAAUUAGGUAUAUUUAGUUUGUAAGUCUGCCUAAAUAAUAUGUACAUCUACAAUUGUAUG